AUGACCAUGUUGAAAACCCAAUGUGAAGUGGCGCCUUUCAACCACAAGGUCGGGGGUCAUGUGGCCAUGUUUCGACUUGCUUCCAAUGGGGCCAUUUGCAAAGAUGUCACUGCAACCAAAGAACGCUCAUUCUACAAGGAUUUACAACAAUUCCCCCAUUUCCAACCUUUUGUCCCUCGCUACAUGGGCUGUAUUCGCUUAUCGUAUGAUAGUACCAAGCAACGACGACCUGAAUUGGCAUGGGAUCGACAACGAUAUCGACACCACCUUUAUCAUCACACUGAAUAUGAAGAAGACGACGAUGAUGAUGAGCAACCAGCCAACAUUGUGGUGGAUAACAAUGACCUGGCAACAUUAAUGGUGCGACACGUUGGCAACAAGGAGGGUCAGGAGUUUAUUGUGAUUGAAGAUUUGACGGUCAACAUGAAGAAGCCCUGUGUCCUUGAUCUAAAAAUGGGAACUCGCCAACAUGGUGUCUAUGCUUCACAGGCGAAAAAGAUGAGCCAAACGGCAAAGUGUGAACGAUCGACCAGCCGGCGAUUAGGCGUACGCAUGUGUGGAAUGCAGGUUUACAAAGUCAAUCGUCGCACGUAUGAAGUACAAGACAAGUAUGUUGGACGAGGAUUAUCACCACUCACUUUCAAACAAGUGCUCUAUGAUUUCUUACAUGAUGGCAAGCGAUUAUUGACACGGCACGUAUCUCAGCUUUUAUUCAAGUUGAAGCAAUUGGAGCUCUUGAUUCGAUCACUACGUGGCUAUCGGUUCUUUGGAUCAAGCUUACUUGUUAUCUAUGAUGGAAUGGAUGAGACCAGCAGCAUUGACGUACGAAUUAUUGACUUUGCGCACUGUGUCACGGCCAGAGAAAUGCAGGAGAAAAUGACGACCAUGAGUUGGCCUCCGGAAUGUCCCGAAGAACCAGAUCAUGGGUACCUAUUAGGGCUGCGGACAUUGAUUGAUACCUUUGAGCAAAUGCUUGCCGACCAUCCACCAUCACCACAACAGCCAUGA